AUGGCGCGUGCAUGUGAUCGAUGCUGGCUCUUGAAAACGCAGUGCGAUGGACAAUCUCCAUGCACUCGCUGCCGACGGCUCCAAACAGCAUGUCUUUAUAAGCGGCCUGUUCGUCGCCCAGGCAGACCAAGGUUGAAUACUGGGCGCAGACGCGAGACUGGACGCGGCUCUGAUCUUUUUGCUGAUCAGCUCGAGGUCCCAGCUCCAAGAAGAGAAGACUCGACGGACUAUCCUCGUACAGAGAACGCCGCGAGAGAGGAAUCAAUAUCAUCAAGUGACGAUAUACCAAACCAGUCAUCAACCUGGUCAGGAGAAGGAAACGCGGCUCAAUCAAAUGAAAUCCCGCCUGACAAUCUUACAUCAAACCCUGGGGAUUCCGCAAUCGAUAUUGAAGGCCACACACAGGUCGAACAACUCACACCAAUGCACCAUGAUGAGGAUUCAACGACACAUCUUCAACCUAGGACACAUGCUAGAUUUACCUCGUUGGAUGAGGCAUUUGCUCUAGGCUUCGACAUACAAACGGCCCAAUACAUUCUCUCACAAGUGUUUGACCAGUCAGGGCGGCUCGGAAUCUUUGCCAUAUUGUCUCAUCUCCCCCCAGAUAUGUCGCCAACAUCAUUGCUUAACCAGUCAGAAGGCCAGCCACGUGAACUUGCAUUGAUGCUUCUUGCAGUUGGGCUUCAGCUGAAUUUUGUUUGGCUCCCUAUCGACGUACAGUAUUCUCUGGAGCUGCUCAUAGAUACACUGCGUAUAGAAUCACUCAAACUCAUGCCAAUGCUCGCCUGGAAAUCCUCCGAUAUAAAUGUAUCACAUACCAUGUCGCUCCUGCUUGCCAGCCACACAUGGUGUCUUCAGACCGGCAUGGCUGAGAUUGCCUGUCGCUGGAAUGCGAUAGCAGGCCUGAUCUGGCACGAUCUUGUGAGAAUGGGUAAUUUAGAUCCGCUACAAAGAAAUGUUCUUGCCCGAGUUGGAAAAGCAAUCGAACUCCAAAACGCAGUCCUUAGCAUGCUGCACUACAAGCCACCGACUGCCUCUGCUGGCUUCCAGAGUUUGCCUGAGGAUCUGCAGCACGAGGUUCUGAGCCCCGGAUGGAUUGGCGGUGCCUCUCCAACUAAUAUGCCAACUGAUUUCUUCUCAUUAUUUAUGCCCCUGGUUCAACCUUUACAGAGAGUCAUCACCUCGUCCCACGACUCAUCUGCUCUAGAUGAGAUUCGAGAUGAGCUGGAGGCAUACUUUAUUCGGUUUCCAACUACGCUUCUUGAGUAUGAGUGUCUCGAACACGCAUAUCAGGCAGAAGCCAUGAUUUGGUUUCAUGGGAUCUUCAUGCUCACAUGUACGUGGUUGAAUUCAACGGGCCAGGUCACAAAUCCCUUCAGGCUAAUACAAGAGAAAGUCAUUGAUCGUGAUCUUUUCCUGCUCCUUACGAGUGGUGAAUUGACCUCAACUUCCGAGUUCAUUUCUGCAUUGGACCAUUCAAUCUUGCUAGGAGAGGCCAUUCCUACCCUUAUGCACCUCGAUUCUAGCUGUCAUACUAUAUCUGCCGCGACAGUUUUCCUCGUUCUCACCUCGUCUGUGGUCACCUGCCUUGCGCUUAGGGAAGUCGAUGGCUCUUUGGGUUCUCACGAGGUUAUGGCUACAAUGCCACCCACACUCCUUGCCUCGGCCGAUCGCCACUUGAGGGCGCUUGAAACGUUUAUGAAGGGCACACGAUUUGACGUGGAACUUAUCAAGCACAUCCAGACAUGCCUAUCCAGUUCUGUCAUGUUGGGGAGCCCAGGUUCAUCUUCUGACUACAACAGGACACUGGAUGAGUUGGCGUUCUAUCGAUGGGCGUCCGGGGGGCAUGGUAUUCUUCGGUCACCGAAGCAACCUGUUGUCGAAAGCUCACAGUUCAUGAACCGUUACCCUGUUCAUUCGCGAUCUCUGCAGGAUCGGCAAGCCCGGACAAGUGCGAUCGAAAGAAUUUGUUCGCCAAAUGCUCGUAUUUGUCAACCCGGAUAUUUUGAAUUAAGCAUUCAAUUGUUCUAA